CCCCCUCAUGCCUCUCGGUGUCGUCACUCCCGCGAGGACUUGACUUCGACGACGACUUCGUUAUACGUAGAAAGGGGGACUCGGUAGCGAAACGAUUGCGCCAGGGAUUAACGACGCUACGGCCCGGAUCGCUCUUCCUUCCAGGCAGGCGAUCGAACUGGACGGAGAGAGUUGAGUCAUUUUGGAUGGAAAAAUUAAGUGUUUGUUUGCCACCUGGGUUUGGUUUUCACCCGACAGAUGCUGAACUUAUAUCUCACUAUUUGAAGUUGAAAAUACUAGGGCACAACUUCGAUGAGCUUAUACCAGAGGUGGACAUAUAUAAGCAUGAGCCAUGGGAUCUACCUGCAAAAUGUCGUCUUCGCACCAGGGAUAGCAAGUGGCAUUUUUUUGCAUUAAUUGACAGAAAGUACCCUAACAGUUCUCGUACAAACAGGGCGACAGAAGAAGGUUAUUGGAAAUCCACAGGCAAAGACCGUGACGUGAAGUCCCAAAACCGAGUAUUAGGCACCAAAAAAACGUUGGUCUUUCAUGAAGGUCGGCCUCCAUGUGGAAGACGCACUGAUUGGAUUAUGCAUGAAUAUCAUAUAGGCAAAAAAGAAUAUAAGGCUGCUCUCAACUCAAAGGAUAUUUUUGUUCUUUGUCGUGUUACUAAGAGGAAUGGUUGGGAAUCUGAAGAAGGUAAAGUCGCCCAAAAUGCUGAACCUGUGGUUUUCAAGGAAUCGUCUAGUCACUCAACUGACAUAGAUGAUAUUGACGCAUGGGUUGCAGAGCUCUUUGAUCCCAACUUCAGUGGUCCUAGUGAACUAGAGCAUGAGGCUGAGGGAGAUCUUACUUCUGUUCCAACAAAACAGGAGCCACUGGAUACUUAUCUUGACCCAAAUUCUGAAGAAAACGUUGAUUUCCUAUUAGUAGAUGACAUCUUUGAUAUCCUCAGAUCUGGCUGCUCUGAUAACAUAAACCUUGCUGACUCUAAAAUUGGAACUGAGAAUACUGUUAAACAGGACUCAUCACUGGGUGGCGCUACUGCUUCUAACUCAUGUGAGAGCCCCAGAAUUCAGAUUAGACCACGUAAUGAAAUGAUUAGACAACGUAAUGAAGACCACUCAGCUGGUGUUCCCUCUGAUAGGAUUAGGCUUCAGGUUAGCAAGAUGCAAUCAACGAACACUCAAUCAGUCAAUCUCACUGUCAAGUAUAGCAACAAAGAUUAUCAUCGUGAUUUGAGCAGAAGCUAUAAUAAAGGUUUCGCUGGGCUAAACUGGUUUAUCUUCGGUGCUUGCCUUGCUGGAUCGAUUGCUCUUAUAAUGUAUUUUCUGUUCCCUGACGCUCGGUGGUUCCUCACUAGCUCCUCAAAGCCUCACUUAUAGUUACAGCAAAGUUUGGAUUAACUAUUUUGAGGGGUGAUAGAGAUAUCUUCAGAAUUUGUCCUAAAAGGACUAGUGUGCAUUUUCUGUUAUUGUUUCAUGUAUAGGAUUAUAACUUUAUCAUAGGUGGUCUAUCUUAUGGCGACUCAGCAUGGAUCCAGAUGUAAAUUAGUCAUCUUUAAAAAAUAAUUUUACAGUUUUUUAUUUAAGAAAUCUCGCGAAGAGUAUUUUUGCAGUA